UUCGGGUAUUAGAAAUAUAUAUAUAUAUAUACAUUCAAUAACUGAAUAUUUUUAUAUAUUUUAUGCUAUGUACACUCGAUUUUUUGUCAGCCGAGACGUCGCGUAUGAUUCACGCGCGUUCGUAUUAUUUUUGGAAUAUGUGUAACAAAAAAUGUUGGUUUGGUGCAAAGCGACGACGACGACACCAAGGCUGCAGUUCCAACUCCAAGUGAACUAUUGUGUCUAUCGAUUUAUCGCACCGAUAUUGCGAUGUAUGUCCAUAGGGUUGCACAUUAUUUGCAAACGAUUUGUUUAUUCGAUCAGCGUCUGAAACUGUUCACACUUUAAAAUUUCCGCAUCUGAUUGACUUCAAUUAAGUAUAAAAUUGUAAAGCUUAAAUAAUUUGACCUAAGACGAUUUGAAAAUAUUUCCAAGGCACCAAAGUAGCACUGCUUUACCCACAAUCAUCGUUAUCGUUCACCUGAUAUGGUCACCUUAAGUGGGUUGCUAAGUGUUGGAGAGCGCAAUCACAAGACAGCUGUUUCGUUUUGAUUUUCAGUCGUCGGAGAGCGCACCGUAAGGUACAUUCGUGUGCAGCGGACGGAUAGCGAAAGCGAAUUUUGUUGCUGCAUGCCAAAGAAAAAGAAAGCAAAAAGUGAAUACAUAAUUUACAUAAAACAUUUCAAAGAUAUGCACAGACGUGGUGGUGCGAGUCCGCAUAUGUGUGAGUGUGUGUCAGCAUGUGCUUGUGUGCGCGUGUGUGUAUAGAUAUUGCACGAAUCUCAGCCUUAAGGCGCGCAUCAACAAGAGCAAUAAAAUCUAUUUGAGUAAUUAAUCAAUUGAGCAACUUUUGCAAAAAUGUUCCAAAUUGCAACAACAAGAGGGCAACAACAAUUUAAAUGCAGCAGCCGUUACGCUGCGCAUUGACUUGGACUUGGACUUGGGAAGCCAACUGAAAAAUCGAUCAACGUUCAACGAUGCCGCCAACAGCAAAGGCGAAGCCACAAACGAAAACAUUGCGCACUUGCAAAUUCAGCCAAAGAUGGCGCUAUAAAAGGGCUAGCCCAGUAGGCAUUUGCUAGCAACUCAGCCGUUGAGUAAGGAAAAUGUCAAAAAUGAGAGGUCGUGUACUGAUACCAUUACCCAAUACGGGGGCAAUGGGACGUAAACGCAACAAUUUCUAUAUGCGCAGCAUUUUCAUCUUGGCUCUGUGCAUCUUCGGCCUGCUGCAGUACCACAAUUUUAACUACUUGGACAGCCGCGAUGCAAUGCUCAGCGAAUCGGUUACCAACGACUCCGUGGAUGCCAUAAUGUCCAUGGUUCCGGCCACGCUGCACAAAUACCUGACACCACACACGCGCAACCACAGCGUCUCGUCAGCAGGUGUCCAGCUGAAUAGCAGCGGGUCUGCGAUGGUCGGCUCGGGCAGUGGUUCGUCGACAACAAUUAGCUUUGAGGUCUAUCGUCCGCCGAACAACACGGAGAUCAAGCGUCAAAUAGCGAGAUACAACGAAAUGCAGCUGGUGCUAAAUGAGGAGACAUUCGGGCCGCUGCAAAACGAUUCUGUGAUAAUUGUCGUACAGGUGCACACGCGCAUCAAUUACUUGCGCCAUUUGAUUGUGAGUCUGGCGCAGGCGCGCGACAUCUCGAAAUCUUUGCUGAUCUUUUCGCAUGACUUCUACGACGAUGACAUAAACGAUCUGGUGCAGCAAAUCGAUUUCUGUAAGGUGCUACAGAUCUUCUAUCCGUACUCCAUACAAACGCAUCCGCACGAAUAUCCAGGCGUCGAUCCCAACGAUUGUCCCCGGAACAUCAAGAAGGAGCAAGCUCUGAUCAGCAACUGCAAUAAUGCACUAUAUCCCGAUCUCUACGGCCAUUAUCGUGAGGCCAAGUUCACGCAGACGAAGCAUCAUUGGUGGUGGAAGGCGAAUCGAGUGUUCAACGAGCUGGAAGUGACACGCUUUCAUACCGGUCUCGUUUUGUUCCUGGAGGAGGACCAUUAUGUGGCCGAGGAUUUUCUCUAUUUGCUGGCCAUGAUGCAGCAGCGCACUAAAGACUUGUGUCCACAAUGCAAUAUCCUCUCGCUGGGCACCUAUCUCAAGACAUUCAACUAUUAUACGUACCACAGCAAGACUAACAAAAAAUCGUAUGCUUCCUCGCUGAUCUCGUCAAACAGUCUAUUAGGAUCAAAUAGGAACAAUUACAAUAACAACAAUAACAAUAAUAAUAAUAGAAUUUCACAGCAAUUAACUGCGUCCUCAUCCGCGCUAUCAUCCAGCACUUCAUUAAAGAACGCCAAGGUCUAUGUGGGCGACACCUCAGACGUUGAUAAUAAUAACAAUAACAAUAAUAAGAAUAACAAAAUGAUGAACAAUAAAAGAACUAGCCACAUGAACACUGUCACCGCCACAUCCAACACUAAUAAUAAUAACAAUGAUAAUAUCAAUAAGAAUGGUGCACAAACUUGGAAUUAUCAUGUACUGCCGUCAUUGUAUUCCGUCUAUCAGAAGGUGGAGUCCAUGCCCUGGAUCAGCAGCAAACAUAACAUGGGCUUCGCCUUCAAUCGCACCACUUGGACGAGCAUCAGGCGCUGCGCUCGGCACUUCUGCAGCUACGAUGACUACAACUGGGAUUGGUCGCUGCAGCAUGUAUCACAGCAGUGUUUGCAGAGGAAACUGCACGCAAUGAUUGUUAAAGGGCCGCGGGUCUUUCACAUUGGCGAGUGUGGCGUUCAUCACAAGAAUAAUAACUGCGAGUCCAAUCAAGUGAUUUCCAAGGUGCAGCACGUCUUGCGCAUUGCACGCAACUCGCAUCAGCUCUUCCCGCGUUCGUUGAUGAUGACGGUGCCCAGUUUGAUAAAAAAAUCGAAACUACGCAAAGGCAAUGGGGGCUGGGGCGAUCUGCGGGAUCACGAGCUCUGCCUCAAUAUGACGUUGCCAAGGAGAUAAAGCUAUAGAUCACCAAAAACACAGAUUCUAAUCAUAGCAAAUUAGCCUAGUUACUAGCUUAUAGUUAUGUAGUAAAUCAUUUUAAGUAGCGCUAACUCUUAUACAUAUAUAAAGCAGAAACCCCAGAUGAAAGAUGAAGCAACUUCAAAAACUACUCGAAAUCGAAAUCGCAAUCAACGCAAACAAUUCGCAUAAAAUUGAAAUUUUUAUACAAUAAGAAAUCAAAAUUCAAUU